AGUGUUUCACUGAAAUUCCUUUCCACAUGGUGCUUGUAUGUGUAAUGACUGAAGACAUUUGGCAGAAGCAUUCAUACACAGAACAUCUCCAUAAUGAAGCAGAUGUAGAAAGGUUCCCGAAACCAGUUUUCUUCUAGAUUUCAGAGGAAAACAUCCAUUACAGUUAUAAAACCCAAUCGUCACUGAGUUUUUGCUUUUUACCUCUGAGACAAUAAAGGCUGAUUACACACAUUUUCUCUGUUCAUACUAUACAGAUUACAUUUCCUGUUUCUGUGAGAGUUAAUCACAAUAGUGCCCAAGCUUUUGUAGUUUACCGUUUCCUUAAUGUUUUGAAUUCCACUGAGGUUUUUUGAGUGGCACACAGUGUCUCGUAGGGUGUGCACUUGACAAUUAAGGAAAUAAAAGGUCACUUGUCUGCACCUUGUGUUACAGGAUUCAAUAUGCGGUCCCUGAGAAAGACAGUGCUGCUCGCCGUCCUGGUGUCUGUAGUGCUGGUGCUGGCUCUCCUCCACUCAUGGCCCACGCGGGCCUACAACACGGUGGACGUGUGGCAGCGGCUCGGGCCGACAGUGGAGAGGCACCUGGAGGAGAGGCUCCCAGAACCAGACCACCAGUUAAGCAGCGUCCCCUUUCAUAUCAGGAAAAGUGUAUCAGGCUUGCUGGCACGUAAUGGGUGCAUUUGUGAGGGUGAGAGUCCAGGAGUAAACCUGCCCUUCGCCCAGCUGCUGUUCCCGCGAGUGUCAGCUCACUCUCUGCACACGGCCUUUGACGCCUCGGAGCUGGAGGAAAUGAAGAUGAGACGAGCCAAGGAGUACAGAGGUUUCCAACAGAGAUCCAAGACUGCUGCAGACACGCUCAUCAUCGCCGAGGCCAACAAUCCCCUGCAGUAUCCAACACAGGGGGUGGAAGUACGGCCAAUGAAAACAAUCAUUAUCCCAGGCUUGGCCUUACAUGACCUUCCCAGAGACCAUUACACAAUAAACAUCACUGCCACACUAGGGAGACUAAACGUAGCAGCAGAAGUGGAGGAAGUGAAAAUAAAAGGUGAUGGAGGGAUGCAUAUGAGUCUGUCUAGCAGUUUGCUGCUGAACUUGAACCGACAGCUGCAGUUUGUCACCUACACAAACACCUUGUUUCAUCCUAACACUGCAGACACAGUGGAGUUUAAGACAGAAGGUCAUCAAGCUGCCUUCACCAUCAAGAUCCGUCAUGGAGUAACUCCAAAACUUUACGACACUGGACCUAAGGAAGAGUACAACGUCAGUGCGCUUGUUACCAUUGCGACAAAGACUUUCCUGCGUUAUGAAAAGCUUCAAAACCUUAUUGACAGCAUCAGAAAAUACUAUCCCACAGUCAUGAUAGUAAUUGCUGAUGAUAGCGAGAACCCAAAAACCAUUUCUGGGCCUUACAUCGAGCAGUACAUCAUGCCUUUUGGGAAGGGUUGGUUUGCUGGACGAAACCUGGCUGUUUCCCAGGUCACGACCAAAUAUGUGCUUUGGGUGGACGAUGACUUCUUCUUCACAGCCAAUACCAAGCUGGAGAAGCUUGUAGACGUUUUAGAGAGGACCACUCUGGAUCUGGUUGGGGGUGCAGUGCGAGAAGCUACAGGGUACACAGCUACUUACCGACAAACUAUCUCCAUCGAGCCAGGAGAGGAAGACGGAGACUGUUUGCACAUGAGAAGAGGAUUUCAUCAUGUAAUUGAGGGAUUUCCUAACUGCGUUGUGACGGAUGGGGUCAUUAAUUUCUUUUUGGCUCGCACGGAUAAAGUCCAGCAGGUCGGCUUUGACCCCCGCCUCGCCAGGGUAGCUCACCUGGAGUUUUUCAUCGAUGGCCUUGGAUCUCUCCACGUUGGUUCCUGUGAUGACGUCAUCAUCAAUCACGCAACCAAAAUCAAACUACCAUGGGUCACACAGUCAGAAAGCGACAAGACAUACGCCAAGUUUCGCUACCCCCCGGCUUCCUCUGACGCCACACGUACAAAAAACGGCCUCCUGUACUUCAAAAACCGGUUUCAGUGUUUGACUCGUAAUUAGCAUUCACAUCUCUCCUGGUCUCUCUGAAGGUUUGUCUGUUCUUCCUGAAUCUCCAAAGACAUUUUUCUCCACCCUGCACUGACAGAUAAAACUUGUGGCAGCCUGGUUUGUCCGGCUGUCAUCUGCCUUUGAGGCAGUUCUGUAAAAACUUCAAGAGAGGGUUGACGGGAUUUAUUUUUGGAAAGACCACAGGAAUCUGGUCUCACCUAGCCAGUCUUCUUUUUCACAUUGUUUUCCUGUGAGAUAUGUGUUUUGUUGCUCGGGAAACCAAUCAUGACACAGAUGGAGUGAGAAUGAGAACUCCUUAUUGGUGUGAGACACUUCCCAGUAGGAGACAAUCCUGAAUUUUCCAGUGCCACAUGAAGAACAUUCAGAUUCAAAGGUCUGGCUGCAGACUUUGGAGUGUUCCCGUUAUUUUUUGUCACCUUUUUUCUACCUCUGUACCUACAGUCCUCCCUCAAAGUCCCGACUGAGGGAGAGAAACUUCUUAACCUGGAGCGACGGCUGCUGUGGUCAGAUCUGAGAGCAGCUUCGGUUGUUUGUCUGAAACCGUCUGGAGCUUUCCAUUUUGUGUGUUUGCACCCCAGGGAAUGAAAGGAAAAAUGCAUCUUGACAUGCUGCCCAAAAGGAAACAUGGAUGAACCAAAGUGCAUGUUAACAUCACUCAAUAAAAUCAAAGACUAAUUAAAAAACAAGCAGAUAGAAUAAUUGAGUUCUUGAAGCACAGUGGGACUAGUCAGAGUCAGAAGAAAGCUGAGCGACAGAAACGGGAAUAAUGUUUCUACCGAAAGUCAAAGAGUGUGUGCUGCAAAGUUAUUAUACUUAGCUAAAAUUAACAAAAUAACAAAAACUGAAAUUGAGAAAACAUUUUUUGUUUACUGAAAUAAUAAGUAACAGGAACUAAACUGACUAAUUCAUGAAUUUUAUUUAAUUUUAUUAAUUAGCCAUUCUAACUGAUGUGAAAUAGAUUUUUUUUACCCUUCACACAAGCAAUUCACAUCAGAUGUCAGCAAAUUACGGCACUCCAUACUCCUCCAUGGCGGCACUUAGUCCACAGAUUAGCGACAGCAAAAGUUGGAAGACAUUGAAUUUUUUUGUUUUGUUUUUUUUGAAAAUGGCAUUUUCUGUUGAGUAUUCAUUAUACAUAAUCAAUAAUUUGACCUCUUUGAAUUCUGCACUUAAAAAUGAACCAAAGUAUGAAAAACAAAAACUACUCCUGUAAUUAGUAGAAGCUAAACAGACACUAAGCAACAUUUAGUUGUUGUUUAUAAACUAAGCAACAUACCAUAAGAAUUCACUAAAAUUUAUUGAAGCAGACAAACAAAAACUCACAACAAAAUAAAGCUGUAAAAUAACUAAAAACAAUUUAAACAGAUAUCAUAACCCUGGUGUGGUUGAAGUGAUGAUGCCGUAAUUUCCAUCAUGGCCUCUAGGUGGCUCUCUUGAAUCAUUGCACUGAUUUCUUGAUGCAUAGAAUAUGCCAUUUGUAAAAACGUUUUAUUUCAACUAAUUUUUGAAUAUUUUUAACUAUUCAGGAUAUUUUUCUGUCUUUGUUUCUUGUUGCCACGCGUGUCAUUUCUGAUGACACAAAGAUUUUAACACUAACAAUACUGUUAGCUAAGACUUCUGCACAGUCCUGUUUUGUCUCAUUUUAGAGCUUGUAGCAUAAUUUGCCCACAGAUUUGAUCUUUUGCAAAGCUACAUUUAUUGUCUUUACACAAAUGUAUUGUUUUAUUUCCCACUCAUCCCUCUA